ACCACCACCACCACCACCACCACCACCAUGGCCACUGCUGUCGCCGUUGGAGCCGGAAUCGCCAUUGCUGCCCUCGCGGGCCGAGCCGCCCUGCGUGCCUACGGUGUUGCCAAGGGAACCGCCGGCAAGUUCUAUCGAGGCGGAUUUGAGUCCAAGAUGACCCGACGGGAAGCAGCCCUGAUCCUGGGCGUCCGAGAGACCGUCACCAAGGACAAGCUCAAGGAAGCCCACCGACGCAUCAUGCUGCUGAACCACCCCGACCGUGGAGGCUCGCCCUUCCUUGCAUCCAAGAUCAACGAAGCAAAGGACAUGCUAGAGAAGCGGUGAUUCAUCCGAUUGCCAGAGGAAGGAUGGCAGGAUCCGGGAGGCAUCCUGGUGCCCCUGCCCUUCCUCCCGGCCAGCGCCAUCGAUCUGGUGAAGCACGUUUGGCUGGUCUCUCUCUUCGGCAUGCCCAUCCUCUAGGACACAACCGCCGCUGCGAGAUCCAUAUCACAGAAGCCUGCACCAGCCCGAUUCCACGAUCAUGGCUGCCUCUGGUUCUGUGGAAGUGUAUUUGGAGCACGCAGUGGAUCAUCAAGACUCUUGCCCGUGCUUUUGCGCUACCGACUACUACUACUCCUCCUCCUUCGAGCCCUUUAACCCGCCCCCGAGCCGUGGUUCGUCCACACCUUUUUUCUCUCUUGCUUCUCUGUCAUGGCGCCACAUCCUGUACAUGUUUUUUGUUUUUGCGCAUCAAUGACAAAUAGAUGGGUUUGAUAUUGCA